AUGACCAAGCUGGACUACGAACCAUUGAUUGACAAGGUCCGAACACGUCUGCUCCACUGGUCACACAAACCCCUCUCAUGUGCAGGCCGCCUGCAGUUGAUCAAGUCAGUGAUCGCUAGUAUCACUAACUUUUGGUGCUCAGCUUUUAUUCUGCCUCAAGGUUGUUUGGAUACUAUUGAGAGCAUGUGUAAUGCCUUUCUCUGGUCAGGCUCACCAAAUGACACUCAUAAAUCAAAGGUGUCCUGGGAUGAUAUUUGUUAUCCAAAGGAGGAAGGAGGGCUGGGGAUUAGACGGCUCCGAGAAACGUCUCUGGUUUUUGCUCUCAGUCUUAUUUGGAGGUUAUUCUCGUCGACAGGUUCACUGUGGGUGGCCUGGGUAAAGUCUUAUCUCUUGCAUGGUGAAUCUUUUUGGGAUGCCAGGGAUGGCUCAAAAGGAUCUUGGAUGGGGAAAAAGAUGUUAAAGCUCCGAGACAAGGCUUACCCUUUCAUCAAAUAUCAAAUUGGUGAUGGAAAAGAGGCUUUUUUUUUGUUUGAUAAUUGGCUGGAACAGGGCAAAUUGUUGGAACUGGUUGGUGCAUCAGGCACACAUAUGUUGGGCAUACCCCGCCAGGCGAAGGUGGCAAUUGCAGUUAGAGGCUCAGCCUGGCAAUUAAGAAGGCAGAGAGGUGCUGUUCAGCGACAACUUGUGGCUCUUAUCCAAGCUGCUCCGGUACCCAACAGAGAGGUUGGGAGAGAUGUGGUGUUAUGGCGUUAUAAAGAGGGUGAGUAUAAGGAUGUGUUCUCCGCUGCUGCAACUUGGGACCAAAUACGUCGAAACCAAACCAAGGUCACAUGGUUCAGGACGAUCUGGUUCGCCCAGGGCGUACCCCGUUAUUCUUUCAUAGCCUGGCUCUCUAUUUUGAAUAGGCUGGCGGCGGGUGAUAGGAUGAGGAACUGGGGGCAUGAACAAUCUUGUCUGUUUUGUGGAGAGAGGGAUGAAACACGAGACCAUCUGUUUUUUGCUUGUCCUUACACUUACACGCUUUGGUCUAGUUUGGGGGGCUCGCUAAUGCCUAGUGCCUCUACACCGGAUUGGGUGGACACUUUGUCCUUCAUCAUCUCCCAGGGGAGUCGCACCAUGGACUCGGUUCUUCUCCGUCUCCUAUUCCAAACGUCCAUCUACCAUGUUUGGCGAGAACGAAACGCACGAGAACGAAACGCACGACGCCAUCGAACCAGCUGGAUACCAUUGGAGCACUUAGCUCGCUAUGUGGACAAGGCAAUGAGGAAUCAAAUUUCAUCCCUCAACUAUCGAGCUCCGCACAAAUUCGAGGGUCUGAUGCGUCACUGGUUUGAAGUGUGUUGUCUCCCCUAA